UAACAGGUAGCCGGAGACGGCGGUGCAGGUUGUUGUUAGUAACCAGCAGUGUACACAGGCUGCGGAGGAAGCUGACAUGUCCUCGGGUGGCUGCUCAGUCUUCGACAUCCCCAACAAGCCUCGUACCAGAUGGUAUUCAUGCAACAAAUGAAGAUGAUGGAUUUCACUACUCUGCUGAAUGACCUCGCUCAGACCUGCCGAGAGCUAGAACAGAUUAAAGCAGACCAGGCUAAAGAUCAUGAGAGAGUGUCCAAGUCAUUUGAGAAGACUUUACUCUCCAUUCUAAAGCAGGAACAGACCAUUCUUAACCGUGUGGAAGAAGAGCAUGGAAGACUGAAAGACCAGUUGUCAUCCAUCCAGCAAAGCAACGAAUUGGUCCUACAAAAUGGGGUUUGUGAGAUUAAUAACAUGGUGCAAGAGAUUUCUACCGUGUCCUCCCAGCUCAAGCAAGCACUGGUGACCUCAAGUGACAGCCAACUCGUCAUGAAGGAGAUCCAGCAACGAAUAUCAAAUCUAUUCGCAAGAAAAAAUAACAUCUGUAUUAAUUUAAAGAGGGUGUAUUUCAUUCCGCAAUCUCUUCCAUCUACCACACUUGGGGUGAUACAAUGUGAGGAACAAUCCCUAGGCUUCUCCACGCCGCAUUGUAACAGAAAAACUCUGGUACCUUUGGUAAGGAACUCAACUAUCCAACCAACACUUCUGAUUGAUGAAAGACCACCAUGGGAUGUCAGAUCACAUAACCCAGAUGAUUUUGGCUUUGUGGGUGUGAAAAUUUUGUUGGAAGAUGACAGCGAUGGAGACUGUGGGUCCAGCACCCAGUCAUCAUCUUUAGAACAGAACAAAGGAGAUUUUGCUGAUCAGAAACUGGGGGUUUCUUUAAGAGAUAAAGCAGUGGUGGAAGCUGACAGUGCAGCUCUAAGCCCCCGAACGGCCACCAAGAAAUGGAUAUCUGACAUUAAGCAAAGUCCUUUAAAGCAAGGGAAGCAACAUGGGCCAAUAUCAAUGAACCAGGCUGAGGAAGGCAACAAAUUAACCAGGCAGCAGCCUUUAGUAAGUAAGCAGCUCUCAAAAGACUCAACACUAGUCAACAAAAAUGUCAACCAACAAGUAAAUCAUUUCACAGCAGGGAAACAGCAAGAUUCAAAAAGAGGCAGCUCUGGUUUCAUAAAAGAUCCCGCUGGUCGUCAACAGAAGACAGUGAUAAACUCAAAAGAGACGGGCACCACAGUUGACGCUAGGAAUAGCAGAGAUAAUGAACUGAGACAUAUCAGCAACGAUAAAGUUAGCAGAACAUCUGAAAACAAUUCUUUGUUCAGAGCAACCACUGCUUAUAUAUCUGAAGGUGACUCAGAAAGCUCGGAAGAAAUUUUAGAAGAAAUAGAAACAGAUACAAUAAGGGAUCCAAUGUCUUGUCGGCAAGUGGCUCUUAGGGAAAGUCGUGUACCAUCUGCUAAGAAAAUGAUUGGUGGAGACCAACGGACGUUGUGGAUGACUAUGGAGUCACAUGGCCAGAUAGACAGGACUGGUGGUGAGAACUCACCUACAUCGUAUUUAAAUAGACAAAAUCUAGAAAGCGUCCAUCCUCAAUCAUUGCAUAGAACACAACUGGGCGUUGACUAUCUUCGAAUGUCUGAUGAGAUGUCAGAUAGCCUCAACAGCGAACUUCUGAGCGUUCCAAGACCGACUUCUCCCGCGGACAGCGUGAAGUCAACAUGCACCUUUAUAAUAGAGAAGCCAAAAAGCAAAGGGGUUUGCAAAUCUGGUACAUUUAAAGUUCCAUCUUCAAACAUCCAGCCUAAUGAAUCUGGAAAGGCUCACCCUAUUAUCUUAGAAUCCGAAAGUUCAGAAGUAAAUCAAAGGCAACAAGCACUAGCAAACGCAAGGCACAGAAUUGUAUCAAAACUCAGAAAUAAGCAGUCGCAGGCUUCCUCCUCCUGGAAACCGGUACCGAGGUCCUCUUCCAUGCCUUACAUCGAGAAGAUAUCAAGGCCACGCACUGCUCCUUCUAGAUUCCACAGGCCAACUUCAGCUAAGGAAAGACGUGAUUCUGUAUCCAGUUCAUCAAGUUCUUGGUCCAACCCCAGAAGCCUGGGCGCAGCUGCCCCACCUGGUGCUCUUCGUGAAAUCAAGGGGCGAGUUAAGUCAGCACAAUACAAUAGGAAGGUUUCUAAAUAUUCCCAACAAAUUCCACCUCGAAAAUGUUUAAGCAAGAGUGAGUCCAACCUUACUGACAGCCCUCUUGGAAAUGGUGAUGGCACAACCAAAUUAGUUCGACAGUUUGGCAAGUUUGGAUCUGGCAGAGCUGAGUUAAACCUGCCCCACGGGAUUCAUGCCACAAGCACAGGUUCUGUAUAUAUUGUGGAUUACGGAAACCGAAGGCUCCAAGUGAUGGACAGCAAGGGUAAGAUCCUCCAACAGUUUUCUCUUGAAGCAAAGAACUAUUUUGACGUGGCUGUGAACAACCGAGGGCUUGUGGCAUUGACCAACUCAACUGACCGCACCUUGGAUGUGUACAGCAAGCACGGUCGUCUCCUGCAAGUCAUUUCCAGAAACUUUGGUGCUCCACGUGGCAUUACCGCCAACUACAAAGAUGAAUUUAUCGUGGCAGACAUGAAACUGGGGACUGUCUGUGCUAUUAUGCUGGACUCUACCACUGGGCGGCAGAAAGAAAGCACUGUGGUACCUGGGUUCAACAAACCUUACCUUGUCAGUACCAACAGUCAAGGUCUUCUAGCUAUAUCAGAAAGGGGUUUAGAUGGAGGCUGUUGUGUCAAGGUGCUCAGGGAAGACUGGCAACUUCUCAAGGUUCUAGGCCUCAAGGGAUCCCCCGGGCCCAGUCUGUGUAACCCAUGGGGCGUCUGUGUUGACAGUGAAGGAGGGGUUUUGGUGGCAGACUGGGGACAGAAACACUCCAUUAUUUACUAUCCAGCCAGCAAGCGGACACAAGUUCUGGUCACGGAAGGUCUCAGUAGCCCCAGGGGCCUAGCUCUGUUGCAAGACGGUCUACUACUGGUGGCUGAUAGCAUGCACAACUGCAUCAAGGUGUUCAAAUACCAAGAGGAUGAUUAAGAACUUUGAAGUUGACCUUACACUAAAAGUAUAAGGUCUGUUUGUUUAUUUAUUUCCCGCCCACUCCCACCACUUC